AUGCCCGUCAGCGCCAAUUGCAACAGCGGCGAUCUUACCAACGACCCGCUCGCGAAAGGCCCAUUCGGCGGUGUCACGCCCAUCACAUCAUCCAAACUCAAUCCGAAAGCCAAUCAGGGCGCCAUCAACGCCAACCUUCGCGCACUUGACAGGACGGGCAAGCCGUGCCGCAAGUGGGAGCGUAAGGGCUUCCAGCUUAAGAGUUUCACUGGCGUCACGUGGAGUAUUCCCACAUGGCGUGCCCCAAACAAGAGUGCCGUCGAGUUCAGCGGCGACGUAAAGAGCGACUCCUCUACUCCCAGUGACGUCAAGAUGAGCGACGCGGUUGCAAGCGACAAGAGCAAUAGUGGUCCGGAUGCUGUGAUGCUGCCUCCACCACUACCAGCGUCGUCGCCCUGA